ACAGCGCGCUGAGGCUGACCCCAGCCAGUCUGUUAGCCCGCGGGCUCCAGAGCUGCUAUUCGCGCCGGAGCCCGGGACGCGGCGUCCCGGGGGAGGAGGGCGAAGGGCCGCGGCGAUGGCUCCGCCGGGGCUCCUGGAGUCCGCCGUCCUCGCCGCUGCUGUCUUCGUGGGAGGCGCCGUGAGUUCGCCGCUCGUGGCCCCGGACAAUGAUGGCAGCCGCCCGUUACACUCCAGAACUGAGACGACGCCCUCGCCCACGAACAAUGGAAAUGGACACCCAGAAUACAUCGCGUACGCGCUUGUCCCUGUGUUCUUCAUCAUGGGUCUCUUCGGCGUCCUCAUCUGCCACCUGCUUAAGAAGAAAGGCUAUCGUUGUACAACAGAAGCCGAGCAAGACGUGGAAGAAGAAAAGGUUGAAAAGAUAGAGUUGAACGACAGUGUAAAUGAAAAUAGUGACACCGUUGGGCAAAUUGUCCACUACAUCAUGAAAAACGAAGCAAAUGCUGAUGUUUUAAAGGCAAUGGUAGCAGAUAACAACCUGGGUGACCCUGAAAGCCCAGGGUCCCCUAGCAGUCCUGGGAGCCCGCCUGUGAGCCCCGGGCCCUUGUCGCCAGGUGGCACCCCAGGGAAGCACAUCUGCGGCCACCAUCUGCACACAGUGGGUGGUGCUGUCGAGCGGGACGUGUGUCAUCGAUGUAGGCACAAGCGGUGGCACUUCAUAAAACCCACCAACAAGGCCAAAGAGGGCCGCUCAAGGCGCCAAGGAGAAGUUACUGUCCUCUCUGUGGGCAGGUUUAGAGUUACGAAAGUGGAACACAAAUCAAAUCAGAAGGAGCGGAGAAGUUUAAUGUCAGUUAGUGGGACCGACAGCGUCAACGGGGAGGUGCCCAUGACACCCGUGAAGAGAGAGCGAAGUGGCACAGAGUAGCAGGAGUGACUUUAUGUGAAGACUUCUAAGAGACUGAAAACUUAUGACAUAUAAAGUUGCCUAGGGAAUUAUUUUUUUAUCUUUUAUACAAUUUCUAUGGUGGAGUCUGCAGGCAUGUAGAUGAAAGCUAAAAGGGAAUACUGUUGCUAUGCUGGAUACAGAAUUCAGUUUGCUUUGAAACAAGUUUUGGUUUAAAAAUGUCUGAUGCAAAAUUUAUUACAUUUCCAGGGAGGAAAAGAGCUCAUGUUUUUGUCUUCCCAACCACCACUCCUCCCAAUCCCCUAUCUGUGGCCUUGGUGUACACACUGCAAUUUUUCCAGUAUGAUAACUAUGUACAAUGGAACUAUAUGUGUAUAGUCUGAGCUAAUGCUCAGGGUAUGUGUGUCUGUAAACUAUAUGUGUAUAGUCUGAGCUAAUGCUCAGGGUGUGUGUGUCUGUGAACUAUAUGUGUAUAGUCUGAGCUAAUGCUCAGGGUGUGUGUGUCUGUGAACUAUAUGUGUAUAGUCUGAGCUAAUGCUCAGGGUGUGUGUGUCUGUGAACUAUAUGUGUAUAGUCUGAGCUAAUGCUCAGGGUGUGUGUGUCUGUGAACUAUAUGUGUAUAGUCUGAGCUAAUGCUCAGGGUGUGUGUGUCUGUGAACUAUAUGUGUAUAGUCUGAGCUAAUGCUCAGGGUGUGUGUGUGUGUGUGUGUGUGUGUGUGUGUGUGUGUGUAUGUACACACAUGUCUGUGUGCCUGGGCUUCUGUUCCCCCAACCCUUAGAUCUCAUUUUGCUACUGGUUGUAAGAUGAUCCCCUUAUAGUUUAACUGUUACAAAAGAUAAAAGAUGAAUCUUUGGUGGUGAAGGCUCCUUGAAGAUAUAGUCUAACCCUGGGCAGUUGAUCCCCCAAGGGAUCAUGGAGUCAGAGGGAACCAGAUGCUAGACUUUGGAUUCAGAGACGAGAAAUCAGCACUGACCUGCUACCAGCAUGCCACUCCCAGGUCACUUAUAAAAUAUUGAGAGUUUUGGUUGUUUUUUGUUUGUUUGUUUGUUUUAACUCAAGCUAAGAAAAUCUUAUUUAGCCAUUGAAUAAAGGGGGAAAUGGUUUAAAGUCACUAAAAAAAAAAGUCUUGUUUUGACAACUCAAGGCUAAAACAAAACAAGACGAUCUCCACUUCUGGUGCAAGAUGGACCCACACCUUCCUCUGGUAUGUUUUGCUUGGUGUUCUUCCUGUUCUCCAUCUUGUAGCUAGUGCCUGUUAUUUAAAGGAUUCUUGAGGGUUACUUUCCCCUGUAGGUGUGGAAUACCCCACUUAAAAAAAAAAAAAAAAGCUUUACAGUUUACAAAACACCUCAAAGAACCCAGAGGUGAAGGUAGUAGUACAUUUAUGGGAGGUCUGGGCCAAGAGGUUGGGGAGUCCAGGUAUAGGGAAAUCUUCAAGACCUGCCUCCAUGUUGGUAUGGUCCCUUGGCACUUCCUUUAUUUCAAAAAGAAAGCACAAUUCUCAUUUGACUCCCAAAAGAUGAUUCCCAUGAAAAUGUACUUUAAAGUAUCCAUUCUUUUUCUGGCACCAGACUAAAAAUGUCUAACCUUUUAAAUGAAUGGUAGGUUCAAUUUCAUGUGAAUUUUUGCUGACAACUAAUUAAAAGCUGUACAUGUGUACAUGCAUACACACAGUAGACCAGGGGAAGGCAAUAUGGAAAUAAAUUUCACGGUGGUCCAGAAAGUAGCAAUAUAGGAAUUUUGGGGGUGUGUAUUAGUGUAAAUAAUAUGCGUGCAGUCUAGACCAAUAGUUUUAGUUUUAUAAAGAGGAAUCAUUUUUUGUUUUAAAAAUAUUAUGCCCCCGGAAUGGUGAGGGAUAAAGUGUAAGAUAUUCUUCAGCUUUAAUUAUUUUAUAAUUUUAUUCAGGUCAGAUCGCUUGUUUUUCUUUAAUAGCAAUACAACAGGCAAGAGAAUACUCAAAAUAUUUAAAUUGUAUUUAUACCAAGAGUAUGUUUUAAAUAUUUUCUAAUACUUGAGCAGUUGUUGUCUGACUGGCUUCCAAAUAUGCCAAAAGUUAAGCAUUCAAUAUUUUCAACAUGUAUGCUUUUUACUGGUUUAUAUUACCUAAUAAGAAUCUUUAAGUGUUCCCAAAGCAACGGAUGUUUACAGGCCUUUUGUGUUUUUCCUCCUUUAGAAGGCUUGGAGACCCACAACAAAGUUACUGUAUAAAACACUAAUGAUGGACUAACUUCUGAUGUAAUAAAUGAGUUGGCUACCACCUCAAUGUAAAAAUUUGUAAAGGAAAUUUUUCACCGAGUGUCAAAUGUAUUUUUAACUGUCUGGUUUGUACUUCUAUGACUUUUGUACUACCAAAGCAGAGUUAAAAAUAAAAACGUUAAACAGA